AUGCUCAUCACUGGAAGUAUGACCAGGAAGGGCGUAGUGCCUGUCCAGGCUCCACCUUCUCGCUGCUUCCUGGCUCCCAGUCUGAGCAGCUUUCUUCCGAGGUAUUCCGAGCUGAGGGAAGGCAAACCCGCACCCUGCUCCUUUUCCAUCGAGCGCAUCUUAGGACUGGACCAGAAGAAGGACGGGGUGCCGCCGCUGAAGCCUCACAGGCCCUGGGCAGAUGCUUGCAGCUCCUCAGGGAAAGAUGGUAACCUGUGUCUACCCGCCCCGAGUCUGCCUAGCACAGUGGAUCACCCAGGGACAGAAGAAAGAGUUUUAAACCGUGAACAUUACCUCUCAACCUCGGAAAGACUGGCCUUGAAAAGAGAGAUGAGUUGGUGCAGAGGACGAAGACCAAGAACUGCGUUUACUCAAAACCAGAUUGAAGUAUUGGAAAAUGUCUUUAGAGUAAACUGCUAUCCUGGCAUUGAUAUCCGAGAAGACUUAGCUCAAAAACUAAAUCUAGAGGAAGACAGAAUCCAGAUUUGGUUCCAAAACCGGCGGGCAAAGCUGAAAAGGUCCCACAGAGAAUCACAGUUU